UCCGUGCCCUCUAAUGGCUCAACCUCAGCAAACGCCAAGUGGCUCAGAGAGAGAGAGGGACACUACCACUUCCCUAGCAGGCAAACCAGUGGAGGAGCAGUGGAUCAGGAGGAUGUCGGAGCAGCAGAGUGCCCCGGAGCAGCAGGUUGCUGGGAAGAGCCAGGGUGGAGCUGGAGCCACUUAUAAGGUGGCCGUCUUUGAGUUUGAGAACUUCCAGGGCAACAAGGCAGAGUUUUCUGCAGAGUGCAAAGACGUGAAGGAGAAGGGACUGAAGAAGGUCGGGUCUGUGAUCGUCGAGUCGGGGCCGUGGGUGGGUUACGGUCGGUGUGGAUUCACAGGGGAGCAGUUUAUCUUGGAGAAGGGCGAGUAUCCACGCUGGGACACCUGGACCAACAGUCAGAACAGCUACUCUCUCUUCUCUCUCAGGCCGCUCAAAGUGGACAGUUCUGAUCACAAGCUACACCUGUACGAAAACCCCGGAUUCACUGGUAGAAAGAUGGAGAUUGUCGACGACGACGUGCCCAGUUUGUGGGGCCAUGGUUUUCAGGACCGUGUAGCAAGUGUCAAGGCUCUUAACGGAACAUGGGUUGGCUACUUGUUCCCAGGUUACAGAGGACGCCAGUUCAUCUUUGAGCGAGGAGAUUUCAAGCACUGGAACGACUGGGAGGCCCCGACGCCCCAGAUCCAGUCUGUCCGACGUGUGCGGGACAUGCAGUGGCACAAGAGGGGUUGUUUUACUGUUCCUGCCCCAGAUCCGGCUCCUGGCCCCGGCCCUGACCCCGACCCUGCCCCGGUACCUCCCGCUCCCCCUGCAGCAGCUGGAGCAAGCUGAGCAGGAUCCUCAUCCCCCUCCCCCCCCUCCCACAUCCUCCCCUUGUGCUGCCCAACAGUGCCUGCCCUCUGCCUUCACCUCACGCUGGUAAAUGCUGAGUGCCAUGUAUGAUUCACUGGCAAAUAAAAAGUUGUUUGACCUGGA